ACUCCACCCACUCCACACACUCCACCCCAAUUCCCUCUCCCUUCUACCCUCACCCCCCCACACCCUCACCCUCCACAUAUGGCGUUCUCCGGAGGCCAGCAGUACGGAUACGGAUCCGGAGGCAACCCGCUGAUGCGCCCGCCACCACCAGGGCUUGGCUCUAACAUGGCCUAUGGUCGCCCCCAGCGACCAGCGCAGGCACCGGCCCAGGCGCCGCAUGUGGCAGGUGCAAGCAAUGGGCUGGCAGAGUCCGAGGAGGUCGAGGAGGUCAAGCUGUGGGCGACGUCGCGCGAGCGCGAAAAGGUUGAGAACAUGGCUGAUCUAUACGCCAUCAUCCUCACGGUCGAGCUGCUGGAGAAGGCGUACAUUCGUGAUUCGAUCUCGGCCGACGAGUACACACCGGCGUGCUCCAAGCUCAUUGCCCAGUUCAAGGCAGCCCAGAACCUGCUCUCGUCGGUAGUCCCAGACAUCCAGGUCUUUAUGGCAGAGUACCGCAUGGAAUGCCCGGCGGCGGUCAAUCGGCUCCUCACUAUCGGCGUGCCGGCGACGGUCGAGCAUGGCGCGUUGACGUCGGACGACUCGUCCAAGCAUGCGCAGCAUGUCGCCGAGGCCGUCCACCACUUUAUCUCGGCUCUCGACGCCCUCAAGAUCGGCCUCUCGGCCGUCGACGAGAUCCACCCGGUCCUCAAAGACCUACUCACCUCGCUCAAUGCCGUCGCCUCGCUCCCGCCCGACUACGACGGCAAGGCCACCGUCAAGCAGUGGCUCACGCAACUCAACCAGAUGCAGGCCUCGGACAACUUGUCCGAGACCGAGACCCGCCAGCUGCUCUUCGAUCUCGAGACCGCCUACAACGGCUUCCACACUGCGCUCAAGUAGUUUACAGCCCGAGGCGUCACGCCAGCCCGACCGAGAGCAGCCGAGUCUUAAAGUAGUGCUCGAGCGC